AUGUUUCCAGGACUCGUCGACGAAUUGAACCUAAGUGAUAUUUUGAGGCUGUGUCUUGCUUCGCUUGUCCAGCACGCUGGUUUUUUAGUGAACCACUUGCCUACCAACCACCCCCUUCUGUCGACGUUUGUGUUCACAAACCCUACCGUUCUCAAUAAUCUGCGUUCGAAACUGGAGGUCGGAGAGUCAAGAUGGAUGGAGCCGUCGGGGAUACCGCCUCAUAUU